CAAGGAGGUGGUGCUCCCAUGUAUAGGUAUAUAAUACUCCUUACCUCCUUUGCCUCUCUUGGCUCUUGCGGUUUGCGUAUAGUGGUUGCGGCCGUACACGCGGGAUAUAAUAUCGGCGGCGCGCCGGUAAGCACGUACCAUUCGAAUUCGCGAGCUGCUCGAGGACUCAGCGUCAAAGACGGUGGCUCUUUUUUUCCCGUUUUGUUGGUUGACAGGUUUUUUAAAACAUUUUUUUCUUAUUUCACAAGUGGUUUUUUGUGCGGUAAUAGCUGAAGGCGUGAUUAGUAAGCGGCUCUUUCCGGAAGUGGUUUUUCCAGAGUGUCCGCCACAAUGUACAGCUCAACGGUGACGCAGUACGAGGAGCCGCGGAAAGACAAGAUCGAGAAGAUCGAAGAGAUCGAAAAGUCCGACGAGGAGCCGACGCAGCUGCCAUGUAAGGAGGACGGCGAGCAGCCCCUCAUAUGGCUGAACAUCAUCGGUAUCGCCGUGCUACACGUGUUGGCCCUGUACGCCUUCAUUUUCCACUAUAACUUGGCCAAGUGGCAGACGUGGGUGUUCAGCUCGGCUUGGGGUAUAACCGCAGGAGUCGGUAUCACGGCGGGACUGCAUCGUCUGUGGGCCCAUCGAAGUUACUCCGCCAAGUUGCCGCUGAGGAUAUUACUGGCAGUCUUGUACUGCAUGGCCGGCCAGACGCACUUCUACAAGUGGAUCAGGGACCACAGGACCCACCACAAGUUCACAGAUAGCGCAGCCGAUCCACACGACGCCAACCGCGGCUUCUUCUUCUCCCACGUCGGCUGGCUGAUGAUGAAACGUCAUCCUGCUGUCAUAAAGUACGGUAAAAAGAUCGACAUGAGUGACAUCGAGGCUGAUCCUGUUAUAUGCUUCUUCGACAAGUACUACGAGUGGAUAAUGUGCACGCUGGCGUUCGUCGUACCGGCCCUUAUCCCGGUUUACUUUUGGAACGAGAGCUGGUAUAUCGCCACGCACGCUGUUAUAAUACGCUACGUCUGGCUCCUCAAUGCAACCUUCCUCGUCAACAGCUUCGCCCACAUGUGGGGAAAUAAACCUUACAACAAGAGUUUUAAAUCGACGGAGAAUGCGACAGUGUCGUUCUUUGCCUUGGGCGAGGGCUGGCACAACUACCAUCACUCCUUCCCCUGGGACUACAAGGCAGCCGAGCUCGGCAGCUACGGGCUCAACCCGAGCACGGCGUUUAUCGAACUGAUGGCUAAAAUCGGCUGGGCCUACGAUCUCAAGACACCGAGCAAGGAGCUCGUCGAGAAAGUCUGCCUCGGCAAGGGCGACGGCACUGCCAGCAAGUGGGGUAACGACUACCACAGCAAGCAGCACCAGAAGCUUCAUUGACGGCGGACCCAUUUUUUUUUUUACUUUGGUGCGAGAUAGUGGCUUCGUUUUCUUUUUUUUUUCCAUUGUAGUGUAUAUAGUAGUUGAGAGGGUCGCGGUUUUCUUUUCUGGUUCUAAAUCGUACUAAAUUGAAGUAACUCCUUGACGGAGUAUUUUGCGUUUCCAUUGGACGCGUAGUUAAGUACGCCCAAAGUCAAAAAAAAAAAAAAAUGCUUCGUAAAUUGUUUUAUGCUAGUUUUUUUUUUUAAGAAAGUUACCAAAUACUGCGAGGCGAUAGAUUUUGUAAUACAUACUUACAUUGUAAUUUCACAAAUCAUAGUUACGCAUCGACAAUUAUUUUGUAUACGACUUGCAUUAAAUUAUACUAAUACCUUUUUACCAUUGACUUAAACUGUUAGAAAUCUGUAUACCACCGAGAGUAUACAUUAUUUAACGAUAAAUCGGUAUAUCUAAAAACAAUGUAUUGGACGAAAAAAUCAAAGUACAUCAAUGUAAUUUAUUAAUAGUCUAUAAGUUGUACGUACGAUGUUGGAGCAUAUUUAUAAGAGAAUAUACGUUUCCGUAUAGAAAAGAAAAA